AUGUCCUGGUCCGCUGUUAAGUACGAGGAAGAAACUACUCACGUCACCAGAUGAUUGUCGAAUAUAUGCAUUGAAGCUGAAAUAGGGAAAUAAACAAUAAAAAUUAUAGUGAAAGUAUGUUACCACUGCAGGGUUAAAAUUAUCCCAAAUCAACAACAAAAUUAAUGACCGGAAGUGUAAAAUCGGUGUUUAAAAUUAAAACCGAACGCGUGAAAGCAUGGCUCUAUCUUAACGAUAGACAUGAAAGAUUAGGUAUGUCUUGUAAAAUUUUGCCAGGAGGUCAAGUGUGAGCAUUAAGGAAUACUUUGGUAAACUGGUGUGUGAGCAUUAAGGAAUACUUUGGUAAACUGGUGUGUGAGCAUUAAGGAAUACUUUGGUAAACUGGUGUAUACACUGUGUAUGUACUGCUAGGGCUUAUUCGUCAUGUUAAUUAAAUUAUUAUCAUGCUGUACUGUAAAACUUACAAACAAAACUAGCCAGCAAUCAUUGACGGAUUAAGGCAAUGAGUCUCCUAACAGCCUCUCUCAUCUUGGGGAUAUUUGAGACAAUGGCUGAACGCAAUUAGGGACAGUCGUCAGUUAUAAUGUCAAGAGGUGUUGGUUGUGUGAUGAUGAGAAAGUCUCACCGAUGCGCAUGCAGUUCUUCAAAUGCAAAACACUUGUGGCGUUCAUUCACAUUUAAUCUACAACUAAUGCUUGUGCAUUUAUUUCCUGAAUUCGAGUACUCAUUCACAAAUACUGAAGAGCUGAUACAAAAUUAGCGCCGAGCCCAACAGAGUAGAUUGAUCAAGCGUUCCGGGAAUUCAUUGAUGAAAAUGAAACGAUGAAUUGCAAUAUUUGACCAGUUAUUUCUGUUAUAAUAAAUAGUAUGCUCAAUGACCAUUAUAAAUCAUAAUUCAAGGUCAGACGCUCUGUUCAGAUGCUAUAAAACGACAUUUCGAGUCCGUGGAAAAGCGUGGGAAAUAGAUUAUUUCCUGUAUGUAUAUGUGCCAGAUUUUGUCAGGAAACUUGAAUAUCAUUAACCAAACUUUGCCUUACAGUUUGGGCUGUGAUUGAAAGAAAUAUGAACGCAUAUGCUGUUCUAGUCACUGUGAUAGGACUCAUCCUGCUGGGAGCUGUGGUUGUGAUCGUCUGCUCAUACUUCUGCUUCCGAAAAUGGCGGAAUGGUAAGAGACUACCCCCCGUGUUGAUGGUCUUCCGUCGGUCACAAUCGUACGACCAGGAGGUUCCCCAAACCCCCAGCAGCAUCCAGAUGGAGCCCGCGUACUCUUUUGCUGCGCCCACUAUCGUCGAUGAAGGUGUGAAUCCGGCCAACGAGUCGGUGUUUUCCUACGAUAAAGCCGUCAGUCCAUACGUUGAACUACCGAUAGACUCCGAGAACAGCCAAGAAGAUUCGGGAAAAUCCUGGACAUUUCGGUACUUGGAUCCAAAGCGGUCUAAGACAUGGAAGAGUAACUGGAAAGAGCGGGCUGCAAGGUUGAUCGAGGCCACUGAGACUUACUCUAAGGCCUUCCUGAAACGGAAUUCUGGGUCUCUAUUUGUAGACUCCCCAGAAAAUGAUUUUUGUCCAGAUAUGAGUUCCAAAACUACCCAGACAGCGGGUACUUCAGAUAGAGUAGUGGUGGACCUUCCCAAGGACGACAGCUGCCUCCCUCAGGAUAGUCUUAAUUAUCCAAAGGAUAACAGUUAUAUUCCAAAGGAUAGCAGUUAUUGUCCAAAGGAAAACAGUUAUCUUUCAAAGGAGAACAGUUAUAUUUACGCGCGAGUAAACAAGUAAUAAGACUUGUUAUCACGGCUUCCGAACACCGUCAUUGCUACCAUAUUCUUUCACGUUAUUCUUUCAUUCAUGGUUGUUAUGCUGAGAUGUUGGACAGAUGAUGACGUAUUUAUUCUUAUACAGGACAGCGGUGGUCACCCCUGUGCUUAUAGUAUAGCGCAUUGUACGAUAGAUUCCGGUGAAAAUACUGAACUUUUUGUUUGAACAUAUUUUAUUGUAAUAUAUAUUACAAUAUAGGAUUGGGCAACUGAACUUCAUUUGUAUUUUACCAACUUUAUACUUCAUAUUAACUGCUAAAAGGCUUUCAUUAAGUUUUUCAUAAAGACCAUCCUAAAACUGCAAUAUUUGAUAAAGCUAUCAUUUUAUCAUAAUGUUAUUGUUUAUGUUUUACGGAACCAUAUUUUCAUUUUAACCACAUUAUAAUGUGCUUCAAAGUAUUUUGUUCGAGAUUUGUUGCAACAAUGCAAGGUUUAAAGUGAUAGAGAGAGGAUGGGUCAGGACCGUUUGUUUUUACGCUGUCAUAUUCAUAUGCUUUACGUUUUGUUGAUUUCUACAAGGAAAUAAAUCUAA